AUGUCUAGUGGAGAAGAUUUGAUAUCGUCGUUGUAUCCUCCGCCUCCGCCGUUUUUCAAAUUUUUCACUGUGGAAAACUUGUCGAAACUUGAAGAAUGGAAGGUGAAACAAAAAAGGAAAGGAGAAGCUAAAGGUGGAGAAGCUGAAGGAAAAGAAGCUAAAGGAGAAGAAGCUAAAGGAGAAGAAGCUAAAGAAGGAGGCGCUGAAGGGGAAGAGGGAGGUGGUGCUAAAGGAGGCGCUGAAGGGGAAGAGGGAGGUGGUGCUAAAGGAGGCGCUGAAGAGGAAGAAGGAGGUGACGCUGAAGGGAAAGAAGGAGGAGGUGCUAAAGGAGGUGCUAAAGGGGAAGAAGGAGGUGGUGGUGAAGGUGGUGAAGAGGAAGAAGGAGGUGGUGCUAAAGGAGGCGCUGAAGGGGAAGAAGGAGGUGGUGGUGAAGGUGGUGAAGGUGCUCCUGGAGAGCUACGGUUUUUGAUCCCUCCAGAGUUGCCUCCAGGCACACAGUAUAGAGGCUAUGGAAAUAUAUGGUCUUUUCAAGACAAAUUACCCGACUUGAAAGAUACCGAGUGGAAACAGCUAUAUAAUGAUGAGAAUUUAACCUCAAAGACCAAAAUCGCUGAACUACACAAGAUCAUGGAUUCAUUAUUGAUCAAUUUUUUGGAACUUAUUGGUAUACUAAGUAUAGACCCUCAACAAUUCGAACCAAAGUUGAAGGAUAUUAGUCUAUUAUUGAUCAAUUUUAAUCAUUUGUUAAACACUUAUCGUCCACAUCAAAGUAGGGAAAGCUUGAUCAUGUUGUUGAAAAACCAAAUUGACCAUAAAAAUGGUGAAAUCGAGGAGAUCGACCGAGUGUGCCACAGUGUAAAGGAGAAGAUUAAAAAUUUGGUCGAGGAUCUGGAUAUAGACAUGACGUCCGAUGCUGAAGAGGAAGAGAUUACAGAAAUAAAAAGAACAGACAUUGUAGCCAAGUUUCUACUGAAUUCUUGA